AUGAAUUCAAUAGCAACAAUAGAAAUAAUCUAGAAAUUCUUUAAUGAUACUGCUCAACCCUUAGAAGUAACUCUUAAUGUACCAAUUGAAGAAGACUAUGGAAUCGGAAAACUUAUGAUUCAAAUUGAUGAAAAAGUCAUUGAAGGCAGAAUAUUAGAGAAAUAAAAAGCUUAAGAGAAGUACGAAGACGCAGUUGCUUAAGGUCACACAGCUAUAAUGGCUUAAGAGGACGACUAAAAAGAUGAAAUCAUCAAAUUGUCAAUAGGUAACCUUUUGCCAGGACAAGAAGCAACAUUGCAUCUCUAACUCCUUAAUGUUUUGAAGAUUGAAGGAGCGGCAUAUUGCCUAAGAGUACCUUUGCACUACUUCCCAAAUUACAGCUCAGUUUAAAACUAAUACAGCUAUUAAUUCUUUGUUGAAAUCCAUUCUGACUCCCCAGUUACAUAUUUAAGCUAUCCAAACAAUUCAAAGUUAAUUAAAACUACUUCUGAUGAAAACUUACUUCACAUUAAAAUUGAAAAAGCUUAAGAUAAUGUACUAUGUCUUGAGAAUGAUUUGGUGGUAUACUACAGGACUAAUGAUAUGGAAAGUACUGUACUCUACUCUCAAGAGUCAGAUAGCCAUCCUGAUUAAGUAGCAGUUAUGGUUUCUUUUGUUCCUAGUUUCAUUGAAUCGACUGUUGAAAGUCCAUCUUUGGAGACAUUUGAAGAGGAAAUGCCUGAUCCUUAGGAUGAACCCAGAAGUGGAUCAAUGUCAGGUGGAAAGAUGACAACAACUGUUGAGGCUCUUAAACUUUUUCUAAAAUCUUUGCCUCCUAGGUCUAGCUUUGAAAUUAUUAGUUUUGGUUCUGAAUACAAAGUUUUCUCCGAUUCUACUACUGGUUUAGACUACAAUGAUGAAUCUAUGGAUAGCGCUAUUAGAACUGUAUCUUAAUUCAGUGCUAAUAUGGGAGGAACCGAGAUCUACAAGCCACUUGAAUUCGCUAUUUAGAGUAUUACUACAAAACUUUAAAAGAGAAUAUUUAUGCUAACUGAUGGAGCAGUAGAAAACAGGUAGAGAGUCAUAGAAUUAGCUGAAAAAUGUCCCUUUGAUAUCAGAAUACAUUCUAUUGGUGUUGGAAGAGAUUGUGAUGUGAAACUUGUUUAAGAGGUUGCAAGAAAAGGUAGAGGAUCCUGCAGUUUAGUCCUUGAAAAUAAAGACUUAAAAACUAUUGUAAUCUAAGCCCUUGGCAGAGCAAAAGAUCCAUCUUAUAGCAACUUCAAAUUAUAUCUUGCCCCCUAAGCAAGCAUUUGCGUUAACAACAUGAAACAUGACUUUACAAACACAACUGGAAUAGAAUUAUUCAGGAAUGAAAUCUUUUUAAUGCUUUCAAUAGUCUCUAAGAAAGACUUUUCAAAACUUAAGCUAAAAGCAUCAAGUGAUAUUCAUCCAGUCUCAAAUAAGGGGAUAAAUCAUGAAUGGACUAAAGCAAAUUUCAAAUAAUUAGAUAAGGGAGAAGAACUUUUCAAAAUUGCUGCUAGAAUGAAAAUUAAUGAACUCUCUAACCCAAUAUCUCGAUAUGAUAGCAUAGACAUAAAAAGUAUACAAGAAAAAUCCUUAAAAUACUAAGUUUUAAGCAAGCAUACUUCAUUCUUAGCAAUCAACAAGAAUGAUGAGAAGCCUGUAGGAGAACUUAGAUAAGUUAAAUUAUUAAACCAUGAUUAGUAACUUGAUGAGUUAGUGAAAAAAAGCAAAAUGCAGCUAGGGGUAUCUCCUACAUUAAACCAAAGAAGUUAUGAUAUGAAUUCUGCUCCUAUAGAAAAAUCAGCUUAGAUUAAAGGUUCAUUUACUAAUUUUUAAGUAAAAGGCAAGAAAACAAAGAAAAUGGCAGCUGAUAUUAGUGAAUCAUAAGAGGAUGAAGAAGAACAUGGCAAUUUCUAAGGUUUUGGUUUUAGUUCAAUAGCCCAUUCUCAAGAAAAUUUUGAAACGAUGAAAAGAUCUAAAUUAUUUGACCAAGAAGAAGAAAAAUCAAUGCCAAAAUAGGCUUUGAUGAAAAGAGAAAUGAUGCCGCCACCUACUAUGAGUAUGAAUGCCUCUAAUCGCUAAAUUCCUACCAUUGGGAUAAUGCCUCCAGGAUCUUCUCCUAAACGAUAAAUGAUGCAGUCAGAUAUUCCUCCUUAAAUUUAAAAAAGCUCAAUGAUGAGAUAAUCAAAAACCUAUGAUGAUUUGAUAAUGGACUAGACAAGUUUAGGGUUUUGGAAAAAUAUCACGAUUAUUUAAACUUUCAUUAAGGAAGAUAUACUUUCCGAUUAAGCUUUGAUUUCAGAGAUUAAGCAAUUGAUUAAGGAUUAGGAUGCUUUUGAGUAAGUUUGGAUUACAUUGGUAGCUCUCUACAUUUUAUAAAAGAAAUUUAAUUCUAAAAAGAAUGAAUGGGAGUUAUUAGCUCAGAAGGGCAAAGAUUAUAUUAGAUCAUUUGGAUUACAGAAGCCAGACAAUUAUGUCAAGAAAAUAAACUAUAAGGUGUUAUGA